AUGGCCAGCGAGGAAUCUCAUUUAUCUACGAUCUCUAACAAAGCAAAAAGCCCCCUGUGCAGCCACGAAGAAGAUUCUGACCUUCCUAUCCCCCCUAAGUUCUGCUGUGACUGCCAUAUGAAGACUUUUAGUACCCUUGAGCUGUGGCUUAUCUGGAUAUUUACUCUGCCUCUCUUUCCUCUCAUACUAUUCUUUACUCUUGUGAUAGCCUUCCAGCCCUUGGAGUACGGCAUCUUCACGAGAACGAGUUUCUUCCUCGGGUGUCUGCUGUCCGGGAUCUUCACAAUUUGCAUCUUUGGGCUGCUCAUAGGGAAAGGCAUGUAUGUUGUGAAUCUUGACUAG